GUGGCCGAUAAAAAGGUCUCCUCUGCGAGCACCACCGCCUCCACCAAAAUCGCUGUCUUCAAGUGUGUUUUACCCUCCAUCCCCAGGCUCAGCCCCACCCCCACCAGAUCUUUGAGUUCCCGAUCCCUUCCUCUUAUGAUAUAACCCUAAAGUCAAACGAUCCCCGUACAUAUUCUUAGAUAGGAACUGGUGCAAGCACGGCAAAGGCGCAAUCUCCCUACUAACUCCUCCUCUCUGUAAACCUCCCUCAAACCUUCGUAGGAAACUACACAACAGUGGCCUGCAGCAGCGCCUUGACCGAGAACUCUGCCCGGCCAAAUAGUGAAGCUCAGGAAAUCUUGGCAACCUAGCAAACACUCGACUUCCGCGAACUCAAAGUUGUGGGAGGGAGCCUAGAAGACGCUUCACGUCGUCUGCGAGAGCGACUUCCCUAGUGUAAGCGGACUUGCGUCCUGCGCUGCUGGCUUCGCAGUCUUAGUUCGGGCUAUUGUGCAUUUAUGUGGUCUGCCUGAUUCACCGACGUGGUUGCCCCAGGAGGUAGGACACGGGCCCGGGUCGACAUGCAGGUCGUUGUUCGGUGGAUAGGUUGAGUGGGGCAUGGGACGGGCGGUGGAUCGGAGCGAUUCGUAGGCGGAGGAAGUUGCCCCGGCAUCUCACUGGCCGGAUAUGAAAGCCGCUAUUCUCGUCGUGUGCUGCAAAAAAGGUGAUUUCUUCUACGGCGGUAUACAAGAUAGUGUGAAUACCUCUGCACUCUAUCCACCUACCGUUUUGGAAUGUUGUCCUGAAGAGGGUGGAAGCGAUGAAGGACGCUAUUAAGAAUAAGGAGUUUGAACUGCUUGCUGGCCACACCAUGGCGGAUUCCAAACAGCUCCAUGUGGUUUAUCUGGAUACCGCCCCGGCGAAAUUCUACCGGAAUGACAUCUCGAGCGCUGGCAUGCGUGCUUUCAAAGGGUUGAAUACUCUUGAAGGGAGGGUUGUUGGGGAAGGCACUUUCGGUGCAGGCCUAAAUUCAGUCGUUUGUUAUCAGGAGAGACGAAGAGAAGGUUCUGGGCUUCCUGGGGUGUUACCUGUGCAAGAUGCCGCCAUUGGGCCGGAAAGUGCUUAAAUGUUGCGCUGGAGGGAUACUAGAAUAGGCACUUCGAGGCAUGGAAGGAUGGUUUUAGUAGGGUUAUUUUGACUAGGGUUGGAUAGGGACGCACAAGGACCAAUAAUACAAUGAUUAGAGCUGAUGGGUUGUCGAGCAAGAGG